AUGCCAGAACGCCGCCACCCUUCCAAUCCCUCCAAUACCAAUCACAACGCCCCCAUCCGCCCCUCAGUUCGACGCAAUCUCUUCUCCUCUCACCUCCGAACCUCACGCACCGCAACCUCAUCCAUCACCACGCCCACCACCGCCACAAUCGCAACCAUCACUCCUGCGCAUCCUAUCCCUUCUCUCCCUCGCCGCCCGACCACCUCUUCAACUAGCACAUCCGCCGAAACACUCCGUCUAGACCACGCGCAAACAUUUCCCUCGACUUCUAACGAUCGGAACAAUUCAAAUUCAAAUGCGAACUCAAGCUCCUUCCCCCAAAAUACCUAUGGGAGUAGAAGCGGAAGUGCCCUCUCUUUAGACGGCACAACGGAUAUAGUAGUGCGGGAUAAAAAUGGCGAUUUCGAUAUUGCAAACAUGAUGCUUGGAGGGGGAAUGGAUAAUGGAGGAGAAUUAUUGUUUGGAGGAGAUGACGAGGAUGUGAUUGGACUUGGUGAGGGAGCUGAGGAGGAGAAAGAACGACAGCGUCUUAACGAUUCAAUCAAACAUCAUCAGCGCGAUCGCAACCGAGCACCAAGUGAGCCCGCCGAACUAUUAGAAGCAGUACGCAGCAGUCUCCGCGCCAAGACCGCCGCGCUCACAGAUGACAAUUGGAUAUUUGAAGCGGAGAAUGAAGGGAUUAUUCGAUAG